UAAAAAAUAAGCAACAGAUUAGUUUCUAAUUUGAGAUGUCCCACAUGGAGAAGCAACUACAGGCAGUAAAGAAGGAUCGAGACAGCAUGAAGGACUCGCAUGCCACUGAAAUAUCCAACAUGGAGAAGCAACUAGAGGCAGUAAAGAAGGAGCGAGACACCAUGAAGGACUUGCAUGCCACUGAAAUAUCCAACAUGGAGAAGCACCUGGAGGUAGUGAAGAAAGAGCGAGACACCUUGAAGGUGUAUGUGAAGAAGGUUGAGCAAAAAAACGCUAACCUGGAGCGGGAGCGGCAAACCCACAACAAAAGCACAGAGCACUUCGAGAUGAUGCUGGACCGGGCCUGCGAAAAGAAUGCUCUGCUGGAGCUGGAGUUGGAUGAGAAGGGACUGCUGCUUGAGAAGGUCCAGCGGAUGAUGGAUGAGACUAGAGAAUUCAAGGAAGAGCUUGACAUUAAGACACGGAACGGAACGGACGCCACCAACUCGAUAGACAGAUCCAAAAACUUGUCCACCUUGCUGCCGAACGCCAUCGCGGCAAAUGGGGAGCUGGCGAGUCACGAUAAUGUGGUUGCCACCAAUGCCACAAACGUCAGCGUGAGCUCCCCCAGUGGCAACGAAAAUAACCAGCAGCACUCGCUUGAGAAUCCCAAAAACCAAAUCACUGGCAAUUCGCAAAAUAGAACCUCGCAGAUCAACACAUUGGCAGACAUGAUAAAAAACCUAAACGCCAUGGAGAUGAAACUGAAGGAGCGGCAACGCUCCUUCAAAAAGUAAACCCAUCUGGCGCUGGUCACCUCGUCUUCAUCACCUACCUGGGGCGGGAUUACUGAUCGAUCAGUUGGCUCUGCUUUAGCGAUACGUUUCUUUAAUGUUACUACGUGGCUUUAAUUUGUACACUUGCUGCUCUCUUUAUUUAGUUUUGGUUUGAGAUUGUAUUAUAAAUUACACACAACACUGAAGUCUG